AUGUCUGUUGCUAGCGUCAUCUCACAACUACGGGGCCUUCUUGACAAGGCCAACCUAUUGAUUCCCAAGCUUGCUAAGAUUUACCCCAACGAACAACAAUGGGACGCUCUUGGAGACAUUAGUGAAGAGCUUGCAAUGGCAGCAAAAACAAUAAAGAAAGAUAUCCGAGAGUCAAGGGUAUCACGAGCAGAUAGAGCAUGGAAAGACAGUGAAGUGCUCAGAUCUCGUGCUUUGGAGUGCAAGGGAGAAUUAUUGACAAACGGCCGACUGAAGCUAUCUCCGGUUUUCAGGCGAAACAUCGUCACGAUUUUUGAAGGUCCUAAGAACUCCAAAUUUGAUUCCGAGGAAACAAAAAUCCGAAAAGCCACGACACUACAAAGAUGCGAGCAGAUUAGGCAGCUCAGUCCCAGCGGUGUUAUCUCAUGGGCAAUCUCGUUCGCCCCGAGCGUCUGGGCAGGAGGGUCUAUGGCAACGGACAUUUUCACUUGCCUUCUUGAUGAGAUCGAGCCAGACUGGCGACCGUCAUGGCCACCUAUCGUCAGACAAACGCUACACAUACUCCUGGAGGACGAGGAUAUAUUGCAAAAGUCUAGGGAAUAUCAGGAUUUCCUCACAUCAUAUGACAACUCGGAAAAUGAUGAGCCAGGCCGUCGAAGAAAACGAAGGCGUCUCGAUAAUAUUGAGCAAGAGACACAAUCAAACCAGGGAUCUCCGUCUAACGGGAGUAGAGAAAUGCAGCAUAUGUACACGAAUUCAGACCCGGCCUGCAUUGAAAAACUUCCAGAGUCAUUCCGGACCGCAAUCAGACAGAGCCGACUCUGGAAAUGGGAAAGGAGCAAAGCCAUGAAGACAACAGGUUGUCUAAGCACACUGUUCCCAAUGGACAACACACAGGAUGUCUCUUUGACCAUCUGGUGCGGAAAUGUGGAAGCGUACAACAUCAACGAUGAGUUUGAGCUAGAGCUUGCAGCCUCAUAUCAGCAUUUGAAAUAG